UGAUAUAUAUAUUUUUAAAAACCUACUAUACAGUGAAUCCAUAAUAAGUGAACAGCAAUAUAGCAAGGAAUGACUACACUAGGUCUGUACCCCAAAGAGAUAAUAAAAAUGGGGAUGGACCUGUUUGUGCAAAAAUAUUUAUAGCUGUGCUUUUUGUGGUGGCAAAAUAUUGAAAACUGAGGGGAUGUCCUUGCUUGGGGAAUGACUAAACAGAUUUCCACAUAAUGGUGAUAGAAUUCUAUUGUGCUAUAAGGAUUGGUAAGGUUAGAUGAUUUUUUAAGAAGUGGAAAGACCACUCAGUGUCCUACGUCUGUUCCUGGAAGGAAAAUGGAAACAUUUUCCUGUUAUGAUGUGCCCAUCUCUGUACCACUCUCUGCAUAUGUCCUGCUGUCAGAGAAAAUCCAUAGCCCCAGUGAAGAAAACAGACUUUGUCUCAGUCUCAUCAGAUGAGAGCUUAAAAGACACUGGGAAAAGAUUGGAAGAUCUUUACUCUUCUGAAGAGAAAUCAGCUAUUUUGCAGGUUCUCAACACAACAUCUGUCAAUGAACUUGGCGCUUUCACAUUUCUUCGAGGAAGGAAGUCCAUCAACAUUGUAAAGCACAGGGAAAAACAUGGACCCUUUCAAGACUUGGAAAGCUUAAUGGAAGUGCCCUUGUUUCAGUAUAAAAGUACAGUGAAGGUGUGUGACUCAAUUCUUCAUCCAGAGUCCAAAGAGAAAAAGAAAGAGAAAAAAAUACUGGAAAACUCAUUAGGAAAGCUUGUCAGACCGGGAAUAGAAAGAAAAAAACUUAAGGCAGCUAAGAAUAUUGUCUCUAUUGUUUUUGGUAACGAAAGAAUUGCCUGGGCUCAUCUUGAUAACACACUAAUGGUUCUUGACUGGUGACAAGAAAAUAACUUUAAACUGAUGAAAGAAACAUAUAUGCCGGCUAUGUAUCUGAAAAUGAUUUCUUCAGUAGUUUCAAAAAUUCCUGAAGCAGAUUUUUAUAUUUUGGAAAAAAGAACCUAUUUUCUUCAGCAGACCACUCUGUUUCCUGUCACGUUACACUUCCACAUUGUGGAGGCCAUGCUGUAUUCCUUGUUAAACAAAACGUUUGCUCAAGAUGGCCAACAUCGGGUGUUGAGCAUGAACCGUAAUGUGGUGGGGAAGCAUUUUGAUUUGAUGCUUGGGACUAUGCGAACUAGUGGCAUGGCCUUGGUGCAACAGUUUCUCUCAGAUUUCCCAAAGCAAGGAAAGCCCCGGGUCUCCUUUCCACUCGAGAGCCUGGUGCACUAUAGAAGCAUGAUGGAGACUGAUGGAAGAGAAAUAAAGGAAGAAUUGUGGGUUUCCCUGCUGCAAGCAGUGGCUUUCUAUGAACUUUUUGUGUUCAACCCUCAAUCAUAA